AUGUUGAAGCCAUCACGGUCCAGUGUUUCAACAUGCAUAGCAUCGCCCUUCUUGCUCAGCAUGGGUGGAACAGAUCGAAGCCUUCAACGCCAAGAACAAGAAGGAGCCCGAGGAGGAGCGUUGGGUGCAGGGCCCAUUGAUUCCCAUGCCAGUUCUGCUGAGGGCCAAACACUGGUGGUUCGAAUCAGAGCUUCAGGCGAUACUGAAGACACUGUUCUUCGUAUCAAGGCAGUGGCCAAGAAUGAUCAGAAGGAUGGCGGCGAAGAAGGACAAGCGGUGACGGCAGCAAGAAGGACAAGCAAGAUGACGGCAGCAAGAAGGAGUCAACAAGCCCUUCAAACGCUUUGCAUCCUUCAUCGGCCUGGUGAGGCCUCAAGCUCUGAUUCUGGCUCGGAGAUGAUGAUGAGGUUAUGGAAAUGCCUCACCCGCCCUCGCAAGAUUGAUGCCGUUGACUUGACCAAUGUCGACACUACUGAUGAUGACGAGGAGGACGAGGAUAGCGAUGACGAGGAGGACGAGGAUAGCGAUGAAGAUGACUCGAACAGCAAGUAG